AUGAAUCUUGAAUUAUUGCUGCUCAGUGCUCACCUUUUUUUUGUUUUUCUUCUGUUGGUGGGCUGGGGCAUGUUUAUAUAAAGCACCCGAUUUUAGCAAACUCGGUCACAGUGUUGGGAGAAAGAAUCUGGAGCUGAGAUUCAAACAGAGAAGCUUAUCAACAAGUUUUCAGGCCACAAAUUCCCAGCCAAAAUUGGAAGUUCAUGGUGGAAGAGAUGACCACCUCUGAUGUUGACAGUGCUCCAACUGAAAUAGAACAAGAAAGAGAGUUCGAGGUCAUCGACAUUCCUUUACUCCUGGAGAGUAAUGCAAAGAGUAGCAGUAAAGAUGGUAUAUACACCGAGUGGUCCAAGUGUUGCAUAUACCGGGUUCCCAGGAAACUUCGCAGCGUGAACGAAGCAGCAUACACUCCCCAAGUAGUCUCAAUAGGUCCUUUCCACCAUGGCAAACCUAAGCUCAAGGCCAUGGAAGGCCUCAAAUCAAGAUACUUUGAUGAAUUCUGCAGGAGAACUAAAAAGAGCCGCGAUUCUUUAAAAGGCAUCAUUGAUAAUGAAUGUGAGCAAAGCAUCCGAGCCUGUUAUGCAGGGACCUUCGAGCUCAAAAAGGAUAAAUUUGUAGAUAUGGUGGUAACCGAUGCUGGAUUCAUCAUCGAGCUCCUACUAAGGAGUACAGAGAAACAUGAAAAGGACUAUAUUUUCAGCAAGCCGUGGUUGAAGACAUGCAUAGAGCAGGAUCUGAUACUGCUAGAGAAUCAGCUUCCUUUUUUUGUUCUUGAAAAAAUAUACAAUUAUGCCAAGCCGCUUUCCAAGCCCAGCAAAGAAAAUGUGCAGGAAAGCAGCAACUGGGAUAUCCUUCAGGGGACAAGAAGUUACUUUUCCAAGUAUAAUCUCCAGUACACAGAUCCCAGUUCAGAGGUAAAGCAUUUCACUGAUCUGCUUAGAUAUUAUUUUUGUCUACCUGUUAGACACACACAUGAACCGCUGGGUAAGAAUAGAAUCGAAAGCCUGCGCAGUGCGACAAAUCUGGAUGAGGCAGGGGUGGAGUUUGAGGUUAUUGAUACACAACACACGAAAAAUAUUGUGUUCGAAAAGGGAAGGUGCUUGACGCAUUGCCCUUGCUUCAAUUGUUCAUGGCUUCUGAAAUGUUUGCCCUGUUUCUUUCAUCUCCUCCCAAACUUGAAGUGCGAGCAGCCUACCUUGAAACUCCGAAGAUUCGAAGUAGACGACACAACAGAGUGCCUUUUCAGGAACCUCAUGGCCUUGGAGCAGUGCCACUACCCAAAUCAAGUUUAUGUCUGCAACUAUGUUUCCCUCAUGGAUAAGCUUAUCAACACUGGGGAAGAUGUGGAUUUGCUCAUCGAGAAGAAGGUAAUUGUCAAUUAUCUGGGCAGCAGUAAGGCAGUGGCCCAACUAUUGAACAAGCUUUGUGAGCAAAUUGUGGAACCAAAUUCUUGUUACUAUGACUGUGUCCAAGAGAUCAAUAAGCACUGCAACAACCCCUUGAACCGCAUUAUGGCGACGCUGACCAGUGUCUAUUUCCGUGAUUUCUGGAGAGGCACUGCAACUACUGUUGGAAUUAUAGUUCUGUGCCUUACAGUUUGGAAUAUUUUCCUGAGGCAUAUCCUUAAGGUUAACUUCCGAAAGUAGCUUCUCUGGUCUAGUGUUCGUUAGAGUGCUUUGCUUUGAAUUGUAAUGUGUGAUUCUCAGUUGAAGCUUAUUACUCAUAAUAGCUGCUGUUUGUAUUAUUUCCAUAUGUUAAUUGGUACUACGUAUUUUUGGAUUAAA